AUGGAGGAUAAUACAUACACAGUAGGUUCACCGCCAAUUUUUGAUGGUGAGGAAUAUGAGUUAUGGGCUGCAAGGAUGAUCUGUCAUCUUGAAGCAUUGGAUCUUUGGGAGGCAGUAGAAGAAGAUUAUGAUGUUCCUAUAUUGCCUGACAAUCCAACUGUGGCUCAAAUGAAGUACCACAAGGAGAGAAAGACAAAAAAGGCAAAGGCAAAAAAUUGCCUUUUUUCUGCUGUGUCAAAAAUCAUUUUUACAAGAAUUAUGAAUUUCAAAUCUGCCAAAGAGAUUUGGGAUUAUCUCAAGAAACAAUAUUCUGGUUGUGAAAGAACCAAAGGCAUGCAAGUGCUUAACUUAGCUAGAGAAUUCGAGAUGCAGAGCAUGAAGGAGACAGAAACAAUUAAAAAUUAUGUUGAUCGACUGAUGAAUAUAGCAAAUAAAGUGCAGCUUCUCGGGAAAGACUUUCCUGAUGAAAAAAUAGUUCAAAAAAUUAUGGUUACUGUACCAGAAAAAUAUGAAUCAAAGAUAUCAACAUUGGAGGAGUCAAAAGACAUGUCAACCAUCACCUUGGGAGAAUUGGUAAAUGCUUUACAGGCCCAGGAGCAAAGAAGAAUGAUGAGAUAA